AUGGAUAUUGAUGCAAAUCAAUUACGAACCGAAAUUCAGUUAAUAUUGAAAGAUGCCGAUUUAAAUACGUUAUCAUCGAAAAAAGUUAGACAAAUGUUGGAAACAUUAUUUAAAUGUGAUUUUACCGAAAGAAAAAAAGAAAUUGACGACAUUCUAAUGGCCGAAAUAACUCGUGAAAACGAUCAAAAACAUCAAGAUCAACAAGAAAGUAAUAAUCAUCAUCCGUCACCAACAACAUCCGAAGAUGAAGAGGAAAUGUUAAAAGCUUCACCACCUUCAACAAAAAAGUCAAAAGCGAAAAAAAGAUCACAGAAAAAAAAUUCAUCACCUUCGCAUCUAACAAGGGAUAAUGUAAAUAGAAACGUCGAUGAAAAAACAAAAAUGAAUUCGACAAAAUCCGAUGAAGAGCUAGCAAUGGAAAUUCAUCAACAAGAAAACAGACCAAGUUUAAGACAUAAAAGGCAAACGAGGCCGUUAAAGAAGAACAAAUCGGAGAAAAAGGAUCAAACAUCGUCGACAACAAGUGAAAAACGUAGAACUAUUUUUCAUAAAAAACUAGACUUAACAGAUGAAUUAGCCAGUGUCGUCGGUGGACAUCAGAUGCCAAGAUCAGAAGUAGUCAAACGAAUGUGGGCAUAUUUUAAAGAACAUAAUUUAAUGGAUACAAAGAAUAAACAAUUUGUUAAUUGUGAUGAAAAAUUAUCCAAGUUAUUUGGUCGUAAACGUAUUCGUGCAUUUGGAAUGCUAAAAGAUCUUUCUCGACAUAUGACCGAUCCCGACAAAGGAUUUUGA